AUGACCGUGUACCUGACGACGGGAAGUGAGAGGAUUCAGUCGGUGGAGACGGCCUUGAACACGUUCGAGGUCUCCCACCGAUACCUGUGCCCUGAGUUGGCGCUCAUCUGCCUCGAAUACCUGGAAUCUCAGGUGUGUCCCUCCAACGUCCUCUCCAUCUAUCCCUGGGCCGUGAUGUUCUCCAACAACAAUCUGUCCCUGGAACCCUCGGCCCCACCUCUGCCCGAGGACGACUUGGGCCACGUGAAUCCAGGCUUCGAUCCUUUGUCAUCCGCGACCGCGUUCCCCUCCGUGAGCACGGCUCGACUUGCAGAGCACUGCGAGGAACUGCUGGACAGGGAGGCGGAAAUGUUGGUGCAUUCGGAGGACUUCGAGGAGCUCCGGGAUCCGGCGCUCCUCCACCGGAUUCUGUGCCGGGACACCCUCCAGGUGUCGAGCGAGAUGAUGGGCGAAGAUGGAGUGCGGGCGUAA